UUCUCUUUUUUCCCGUGGGGUAGAUGACGAAAGGGGAUGCGGUGCGGGACAGAUCUGACGGUCAUGCGCUUCCAAAUCGAACGAUGUUGGGUGGACCGGCCGAAACUUGCACCGGUGCGCCGGCGCAGAGUACUGCCCAACAAAAAAACAAAAUAUGUGUUUGGUUUGGUCGGCUUGCUCCCUGCAUCAGUGAAUGGAGGAGCGAGCUCCCAAACGGCGGCCACGCCGUCGACCCAGCGCCACCACCCCCUGUCCCCCGCCCGGCAUCUGUACUUGGCCGAGGCCGCGAUGCAUCGAUCCGGCGCGCAGGUCCUUGCUCGCAGCCGGUGGAGAGAGCGCGCGGAGCGGCGGAGCACUGCUCGUGACGGCCGGCCUCACAGUCACAGUCAAUGCAGGCAGUGUGCUUAGGAAUCUACAGCAGAGGUACCUAUCAAGCUUUGUUAGUCAGAGGGUACAGGGCGUGCAGUCUGGCACCGCUUCUCUUCCUAAUAAAGGGAUUCAUAGGAGUGAUCCACAAAGAGUUUUACACAACUUCAUCAAAAUACUGAAUCGAGGAAUUUCAAAUGCAGCAAGGGAGGAAGUAAGUGUUCUUAGCACAGGCAUUGCGCCGGUGUAUGUAGUGGAGAAAGGCCUGCUGAAAAAGCAGCUUCUGCGUACUUGUGGAGGCCUUGUAGUUACUGGCUCUGCAAUCUAUGGCAUUAAGGCUUUGAUUGAUAGUUAUAUUAAGGAUAUGGCUGAAAAUCUCGAAAACACAGAAGUUGGUAAAUCUGGUGGUUUGAAUGAAGUGGCCAUGGAGAUAAGCACAAAAUUCAGUGACGUAAAGGGGGUUGAUGAAGCCAAGGCUGAGCUUGAGGACAUAGUUCACUACCUACGAGAUCCCAAGCAUUUCACACGCCUUGGUGGCAAGCUUCCAAAGGGUGUUUUGCUUAUGGGCCCACCUGGCACAGGGAAGACCAUGUUGGCAAGGGCUGUGGCCGGGGAAGCCGGCGUCCCUUUUUUUCCGUGCAGCGGCAGUGAUUUUGAGGAGGUCUAUGUAGGUCUUGGGGCUAAGAGAGUGAGGGACCUCUUUCAUGCAGCAAAGCAGCUGUCUCCUUGCAUAAUUUUCAUCGAUGAAAUUGAUGGGAUUGGUGGGCGCAGACACGCAGGAGGUUUAAUGUCGGAGAGGCAGACCCUGAACCAGCUGCUUGUUGAGAUGGAUGGCUUCAAGCAGAAUGACGGGAUCAUCGUGGUCGCGGCGACCAACUUCCCCGAGUCAUUAGAUAGCGCCCUUGUCAGGCCUGGGCGUUUUGACCGUCAAGUCAAUGUCCCUAUUCCAGAUGUUGAGGGCCGACGACAGAUCCUUGAGGCUUACAUGUCAAAAGUGUCUACAGGCAAGGGUGUGGAUGCAAUGACCAUUGCGAGGGGAACGCCUGGGUUUUCAGGUGCAGACCUUGCAAGCCUAGUGAACGAUGCCGCUCUCAAGGCUUCCACGGAUGGGGCAAAUGCUGUCGGGACUGAUCACUUCGAGUACGCCAAGGACAAGAUCCUCAUGGGCAGCGAGCGCAAGUCGUUGGUGGUAUCUGAACAAUCCAGGAAGAAGACUGCGUACCAUGAGGGUGGGCACGCCCUUGUUGCUAUCCUCACAGACGGUGCUGAACCUGUCCACAAGGUCACCAUUGCGCCCAGAGGAAAUAGUCUCGGCAUGGUGGCGCAGCUGCUGGGGGAAGACAGUGAGCUGGAACUCUCCAAGAAGCAGUUGCUGGCGAUGCUGGAUGUGUGCAUGGGAGGGCGAGUGGCUGAGGAGCUUAUAUUUGGAGAAGCCGGGAUCACCACUGGUGUCUCAUCUGACCUAAGCAAGGCGACUCAAUUGGCGAAAGCCAUGGUCACCAGGUAUGGUAUGAGCAACCGGGUCGGCUUUGUUUCCUACGGCAAUGACGGUGAUGGUGGCGUUGGCAUGACAACGCCCCUGGUUGAUGAGGAGAUAAAAGCAUUAUUGGAUAACGCUUACCGGAACGCAAAAACGAUUCUCACGGAGCACAACAAGGAGCUCCAUGCGCUAGCAAAUGCCCUCCUGGAGCAUGAAACUCGCACUGGUGACCAGAUCAAGGAACUAGUUUCGACAGGACGACAAGCAGAUGGUCAUAACAAUAGCCAGCAAGAUCAUCAGGUAACACCUUCUCUCACCGGUAACGAGAUCGCCAAACUAGUAUCGACAGAAGAACAAGCAGAUGGUCAUAACAAUAGCAAGCAAGAUCAGGAAACGCCUUCUUCGCCCUAGUCCGUGGAGACGCUUACAGGAAGAAGUAUUUCUUUUCCUGCUAUGUUUGUUGCACAUUCACGUGAAAUGUACAGAGCGACAUAUAUGGUUUGGGUUUUCCUUUGACCUUUGUUUCGUAAGUCUGAAGAGAACGCGACGUGUUUUGUACUUUUGCAUACCGUGUUCUGUUCUGGGUCUCAGCUCUCAAGCAUGUACCCCAAGAUUUUUUAUUGUAACUGAAUUGGGCGCAAAGAUGUGCAAAUGCAAUUUCAUACAUUUUUCCCCAGCUGCAAAACAUAG